GCGAGCAAGCGAGCGAGGGCUGCUGAGGGUCUCUUUGGCGCCCCGGCUGCCUUCGCCCCUCCCCUGUCGGAGGCUCGGCUCGGCUGGGCUGACCCGCUUCUCUGCUGGCCCCCCGGUUCUGGGCACAGCGGCAUGGGGCGCCGCGGGCAGAGCGAGCCCCUCCUGCGCCUCCUCUUCCUGGGACUGUCUGCUUCAGCCCUUGGGCGCAUUGUGAAGGUGCCUGCUGGUCCCUUAGUACGAGUUGAGGACACAGAAGUGGCGAUUCCCUGCAAUGUUACUCAAUAUGAUGGACCCAGUGAGCAGAACUUUGACUGGGAGUUCUCUACAAACCCUGCUCAGGACUCUAAAUUUGUAGAUAUAAUAAGUACGUGGGAUCCUUCUUUCACAUCUCAGGAAUAUCAAGAUCGAGUUACACGUGGAGACAUCAAGUUGAGGCGCAACAGCAACAGUGCUGUGGAACUUGUGAUUGGAAACAUUCGUCCUGCAGACCAAGGGGUGUAUCGUUGCACUACCCCCAGCACCGAUUCUGUCUUUCAUGGAAAUUACAAUGCUGCAGUCGAAGUCAAAGUGAUUACAGAUGGCUUAACUGUGACUGGGUCAAAAACGCGGUCCAUGUCUACAUGGAACUUAUCGGAAGGAGAUUCAUUUCAGUUGCGCUGUUCAGCUUCCACCAAUUCCUCAGAGCACACCCAUCUUCAUGUUUCAUGGGAAUUUAGGAAUGCCCUUGCCUGGCAAGAAAUCCUCUCUCUAACGCAUGAGGGCAAGUUCCAGCCUGGCCCAGAGUAUAAUGAGCGCUAUAUCAGCGGAGAUGUGCGUUUAGACGCCAUGGCCAAUGACAUUUACCGCUUGUCUGUGUCUCAGGCACUUCCAUCAGAUGAGGGUGCCUACAGGUGUCGAGUGAGUGAAUGGGUUAAAGAUGCAGAUGGUUCAUGGCAGAAGAUCCAAGAAAAGAGUGUGGAUGUAGCUAAAGUUGUGGUGCAGCCAACAGCUUUAGGUGUGUUCAUCACCAGAAGUAAUGUAUCUGUAACGGAGAGAGACUCGCUCUACCUUACCUGCAACUUCACGACGGAUAGAAGUGGUAUUUUUCAAGCCGAGGUCACAUGGUACUACAGUGAGUCACCUGAUGGCCCUAUGGCGGAUGCUCAGAUGUUGCUGAGUGCGGACCGUGACUCUGUAAUUAGUGACUCUACUCUCAUCAGCCUCAGCCAGGUAGACCGAAGCUCUUACCACCUGUUGGUACGUGACAUGGGCAUUGAAGAUUCUGGCUACUAUUUCUGCCAAGCAGCUCUGUGGGUGCCACAGUACAAUGGUAGCUGGUAUAAGGUAGCGGAAAGAACGUCCUUGCCAGUUACAGUGGAGGUGACUGCAUUAGAGCCAAGUUACCAUGUGUUUCUGAAUGCUUCUAAAAUGCCUAAAUUUUCAGAGGAUCCCACGGAACUGGAGUGUAGGAUCACAGAAGCACGGAAUGCAGAAGCAAAUAUCCGUUACACUGUGUCUUGGUACUACAGACUGCCUUUACGUAGUGAUGAGGUGGUUAAAGAUGAACUUCUUGCCACCAUGGAUGCAGACUGGACGCUGGUAGUUGGGGAGAGGAGCAAACAACGAGCCCAGAAUGGGGAAAUAAUUUUUUCUAAGCCAGCUGUGGACACCUUCCGCUUACGAAUCCAGUGGACCUCGGAGGCUGAUAGAGGAGAAUAUUAUUGUAUAAUUUCUUCAUGGAGCAGACAGCGCAACAACAGCUGGGUAAAGAUCAAGGAUGUGGCUUCUAUGUCUGUAAGCAUUUUAUGGUCUACACAAGAUUAUGCACUGACUGUAGAAGCUGUGAAGCUGAAGCCGUUCUUCAUGGCUGGGCACACCUUCGAAAUGACAUGCAAGGUGUCUUCCCGGAACAUCAAAAGUCCUCGUUACUCAGUCCUCAUUACAGCUGAGAAGAAUCUGAAUGACCAAUCAAAUCCUAAUGGAACUACACGCAUCAUUUCGCUCAAUCAAGAUUCAGUAGUCAGACGGGAAGACUGGACAGACCAGGACCGGGUGGAUGGUGUGGUCUUAGAAAAGGUCCAGGAGAAUGAGUUCCGCUACAGAAUGUACCAGACACAGAUUUCUGAUGCUGGGCUGUAUCGUUGUGUGGUGACUGCAUGGUCACCAGGGGGUGGAGGCAUGUGGCGAGAGGCAGUCAAUGGUUUAUCCAAUCCCAUCCAGAUAGACUUCCAGACUUCAGGUCCUGUUUUUAAUGCCUCGGUCCAUUCAGAUAAUCCAACAGUUUAUCGGGAUGAGUUGGUGAAUUUGCUUUGCAUCAUAACCAUUGAAGGAACAGCAUUCGAUCCAGAUGAUAUGUCUUUUGAUGUCUCCUGGUUUGCUGUGCGUUCUUAUGCAAUGGACAGACCCCCUGUUUUUCUAGCUUCCUUGGAUCGGAAAGGAAUUACAACCCAGGCCAGAAGAAAUGGGAGUAGUGAUGUCAGCUUGGCAAGAAUCGCUCCCCUGGAGUUUCAGCUUAGAGUUCAUGGCUGUGAGGAUCAAGACUUUGGUAACCAUUACUGUGUGGUAACCCCAUGGGUGCGGUCAGCUGCGGGUAUCUGGCAACAGGAGACAGAGGUCAAAUCUAAGCCCAUCUUUGUAACCGUGAAAAUGGAUGUGUUGAAUGCUUUCAAAUUUCCACUGUUGAUUGGCAUUGGCUUGGCCACACUUAUUGGGCUCUUAUCCUGUCUGAUUGGCUACUGCAGUUCCCGCUGGUGUUGCAAGAAGGAAGUUCAAGAAACCAGGAGAGAGAGACGCCGGCUGAUGUCUAUGGAGAUGGACUAACAUAAGAAUGAGAGAUGGUUGCAUACAUUUCUGAAGGGAUUUUUGGCUGACCUAAGGCCACUCUGCAACUUGAGUGUGUUGCAUCAAAAUGUCCUGGUAACAAAAUUGUCUGAUCUUGUCCUAGACUUACGAGCUGCUCCUUUUCUUGCCGUGUUUCACAUUGAGAGCACGCGUCAUGUUUGUCAGCCUUCAGCUCGUCUUCCAAUGGCACUUCUUACGGGGAUCGUUCUUUCUCACAGGCUAACUGUCCAUGGUGUUCUUCCAGCAGACCUUUAGGCAAGAUUCACUACCAAGAUUUGCUUUUAAAAUCUCAUUUCCCUUUUGGUUUAAUGAUGGAUUGGAAGAUGGAAUGGGAAGAACUCGGAGGAAGUAAAUGGCUCCCAUUUAACUCCCAGUUGUUAUCUCUAGAGAAAGGAAGUCAAUGACUUCGCGCUCUAGCUUGGGGGUUAAAAAUCCCCUAUUCCUUAUGGGAGGCCAUUCCAAGUUGGCACUUGGUCUAAGGACAUUGUUUGUUUUUAGAAUGGUGCUGGUUUAACUGCCCUGAAGGCUGAUUCCUCUGAUAUUGGACAGCAACAGAAACCUCUUUUUACAGUUUACCUUUCCGCUGUACCUCAUAGAGUACCCACUGUUGUUACUCUAGUAAGAGGUGUUUGAGUCUCUGUGCCCUGUUUGUUCCAACUGUCUCAGCAGAAACUGCCACCAGAUUUUCCACUUCUGCUUACUGUGUUAAUGGAUUUUGUGUAAUGACCACUUUACAUCUAAGAUGGAGACUGCUAAUAAUAGAUCAUAAGACCAUGUAACUAAAGAACCUAGAAAGUCUAGAACUGAGCACGAAUCCUCCUUAAUCUAAAUAUUUUGAUAUUGGGUUAAAAAAAAAGUUGCAUUGGGUAGCAUGCCAUGAGCAAGGUGCACCACAACAGAGACCCCUGUAGGUCAGUGAACAAGUGGCUAAUCCACAGCAGUUUGCUAUGUUAAAGAAUUUGCACAUGCCACUGACUUUGGAAUCACUGAAUAGCAAUGGGUCGGUAGUCCACAACUGGUACUCAGGGUAAGGAAGGAAAUGGGUUCAUGUAGGAAAGAAUGCCCUCUUCCUAGAUGUUCCUUCAUGCAUGCUGAAAUUAUUUAUUAUCAUGGGGCUCUUUGUUGCUGCAGAAGAGAGACCAAGAUCUUGUCUUCCACAUACUUUUUAUCCCAGAUCCCAAGAGCUGCCCCAUGACUACUUCUAGCACAACCAGUAUUUCUAAGCAAUAAGUCAGAAUGUAGACAUUUUACACACAAUGUUAGGCAUAUGACCAACAUGGCUUGAAUCAGUGUGACUGAAAAUUCAGGAAGAGAGCAAGUAACCAUUUUUCUUCCUUUGUGAAACUGAGUAAAUGUCAGAUUACUUUUGUUUUCCAUUGGGGUUAAAGCCUGCAUUUCUUUGCAUAGCUCCGCAAGCCUUAAUGUGGGGAUAUGCAUCUGAGGCUCCUGAAAUAUCUUUGACCUUGAGAAGAGUCAAACCUCUCCGGAAACCUACAGACUUGUAAAGUGCAAAGAGUCAAUAUGUUUGGAGUUGUACAGAAGGAAUAGUAUUGGUUGGGCGGCAGCAGUAUAUCUAUUUCUUAGGCUUCCCCAACACAAACUCUUGCACUGCCCCAAUCUGUUUGUGUUGUUCAUUUGACAUCUCACCCAUCGAGAUAAAUAUGGUGUCUUAAUAUUUUAUAUGAUGACUAGUAUUUUAGGUGCUUUUGUUUUCCAUUAUAAGACCUAAUUUUUUUAAGUAGAGAAGAAGCAAUUAUCUAAAGCACAAACUACCCUUUCUUGCAUGUUUUAAUGCCUUGUGACUUUCUGUUCUAUCAUAUUUUGAGAAGAAACAGAAUCAUAAUUUAAAUGCAAUAAUUGAGCUCAGAAGUACUACUUCACUCAGCAGUGAUUAACUUCUGGAAUUCAUUGCCAUGUGAUGUAUUGAAUAGCUGGCCCACUAGUACAGUUGGCUUUAAAAGAGGAUUAGACAAAUUAGACAAAUUCAUGGAGGAUAGGCUCCAUCCAUGCCUAUUAGCCACAGUAACUAAAUGGAACUCUGCAUGUUCCAGUCCAAGGCAGUAACCUAAAUAUCAGUUCUGGGGGGAAGAGGAAGGAAAGGGCUUUGGCCUCCACACUCCCUUUAGGGCCUUCUGGGGAUAUCUGGUUAGCCACUGUGUGCAGUGGGGUACUGGAUUAGGUGAAUCAUUGGUUUUUGAUCCAGUGUAGCUGCUGUUAUACUGAGAAGCUUAAUUUUCCUCACACACUUCUUGUACACUGACACUGUCUAUCUGUGGAAAGAAACUCAGGGUUAUUUUGGUUCAGGGACUCCUUGCCUUUUAUAGCAGGACUCCUGUUCUUCAACUUGUGACCCACCCCUCCUAGAACAUAGGAAAAAUCAUUUCCUUUCUAGACAAAAUUCCUUGCCCAAUAGGUUACAUAGCCAUUCCCUAUGGUGAUUCUUCUGCCCCUGUACUAAACUGUAUCUUGAAGUAAUAACAGUCCAGCAGUCUCCUUCCAAUUGUGCCAAUUUUAUAUUAUCUCCCUUUUUAACAGUAGAACUCCCGUCUUUGGAAAACUUGUCUGUUUUGUCUUAACUUCCUCUGGUGUAUCUUCUAAGAAAAAAUUGCAUGGGAUUCAGUUAGGUGGUCAGCAAGAUUGUCAGAGUUGCAAUCAUGGAAUCAAUAGUCAAGUAUUCUAAGGGCUUCCACCGAUUGGUCUCUUUCCAUGCUUCCAGCUCACAGUUGGGAAUUCAGGGCACUUGGGGUAUGAAUCGGGUAUGUUUUCAAACAGAACUUGCUUAAAGAAUGGGAAGCAUUUUUGUUUUUCAAGGAGGGGUUUUAGGCACAACUUUGGAAGCUUUUAAAGAAAUGUGUUCAGCACAGCUCUGGAAUGUAGGAAAUGGGACAAUUAUAAUGAAAUGUAAUGUGUUUUUUACUUUGAAAAUAAAUUGUCUUUUUAUAAAUUA